ACGUUUCAGGUUACCGUGAACUUCUUUAAAAUGGCGCAAAGACGGUGGCAGUCUGCUGCUGGCUAGCUGGAACUUAAAUCCGCAGAGCUCUUCUCUUCGUGAUGUAUUUGAUGUCUAUCUCAUUUGCCACGCAGUCUGCAGCUCGGGCAUUCCACAUGUUUGGAAGCAGAGGAGCUAAUCCCAGGAAUUAUGUGCUGAGGUAUUUGCUUCAGGAGCAUAUUUGCAUGAAGACUGGAGUUAGGACAGUUCAAACUCAGAUCAAGACAGACAAUGAGUUUGACUCCCCAGUCAAACUCACUGAUAGUUGUGUUGCACGGCUAAAGACAAUAGCCAAAGGGAAGUGCCUCAGAGUUGAUGUUGAGGGCGGUGGAUGCUCAGGCUUUCAAUACCUUUUUAAGUUGGAUGGCACCAUUCAUGAUGGUGAUGUAGUCAUAGAAAGAGAUGGAGUGAAGCUGGUGGUAGAUGAAACUGCUCUGGAAUACCUGAAAGGAUCAACAGUUGACUAUCAUGAGGAGCUGAUUCGUUCUGCAUUUCGUGUGAUCAACAACCCCCAGUCAGAACAGGGUUGUUCAUGUGGUGCUUCUUUCUCCAUCAAAUUGUGAUAGCAGUUUGACAUUUUCAUGCCAUUAGUUUAAGAUCCAUUAUGCAAUAGGAUGGAUGCAAAGGGCAAUGGGUGUGCAAUAUUUCAAAGUAAAAUCCCUAUGGUGCUUUCAGAUGAAUAGUUUUCUCCUGUUGACAAAAAAUUGUUUGAUGUCCUUUGAAUCUUGAAUUUGGUGUGCAAUCACUUUGAGAAAAAAAGUCAUUGUAUUUUGUGUUAG